GCUCAGGAUGUCUUGUCACAUGUUACCGGCUUAUUCGAAGCUGUCGACUCGGUUGAUGUGAUUAGCACAGGAAAAGUUCUCGAAAUGUCUUCCUUCCGUAAAAUAUCUCGUAUAGCUGUUGCAGUCGCAACAGUAUCUGGGGCAUAUGUCGCGUAUAAUCUACAGAGCCCAGCAUUCGCGGCUCCUUCUCAUGACGAUUUGAGAGGUCGGCUUCUCACGCUUUUCAAACCCAGCAACUCGAGUUGGGACAACAAUUGGGAUUUUUGCGAAACCGGUAAACGCAAACUGAGCUCUGAUGGAAUGCUGGAAGAGCCGGAUAUUAAGCCGACGGGCAAGAGACAUUUGAUUUUCAUCAGACACGGCCAAUACAUGGACAGAGAAGAUGAGGAUGAUAAAAAAGUUCUGACCGAACUUGGAAGAUUACAGGCAGAAAUCACUGGUCAGCGGCUCAAGGAUUUAAAUCACAACUACACCAAGAUCAUAGUCUCUGACAUGAUAAGAGCCGAACAGACGGCCGAUAAGAUCUGCAAGUACCUGCCAAAUGUCCCAAGAGAAACAUGCUCCAUGUUGAGAGAGGGAGCGCCAUUUCCCCCAGACCCACCCUCGUCCAACUGGAGGCCUGAACAGUGUAAGUUUUUCAGAGACAGCAGCCGUAUAGAAGCAGCCUUCAGGAAGCAUGUGCACCGUGCAGAUACCACCCAAGUUGGUGACACUGUGGAAAUAUAUGUUUGCCAUGCAAAUGUUAUUAGGUACAUUGUGUGCAGGGCUUUACAAUUUCCUCCAGAAGGAUGGCUUCGCAUGUCAAUUGGUCAUUGUGGGAUGACAUGGGUUACUGUACGUCCAAAUGGAAGAGUUUCGUUGCGGAGUUUAGGCGACACUGGACACCUCCAACCUGAGAAAAUGACAAUGUAAAACUGCCCAUUUUCAUAAUUGUAGCAAUUUAUGUAUCUUCUCGUGUUAUUGUGCAAAAAGUAACUUAUUUAAAGGCGAUGCGAAUAUUUAUGUAUUUGGUAAGACGGUUGUCUUUGAAGAUCACCCUAUAUUGCCUUCAAUGAAUUUUUUUAGCUCGGCCAUUUUUCUUUUGUUAGUGUACAGUAUGUCUAUUAAGUUAUCAAUGGGACUUUAAAUGCCUGCUUCAGUAAUACUGUACAAUAGACAGAUAUUGAUAUUCUAGGACUGGGUGAACUGUGUGCUUCAAUAAAGGCCAAUAGGCUGCUGAAAAGAUGCA